AUGUCUUCAAACGAGGCAGAAGGAGCAGGUGUAUCUCCGCAGAAUAAAGGGUCUUGGAGUGCUUUCUUAAAGUCGAUCGCUUCGUUCAAUGGAGAUUUAUCUUCAUUGACAGCUCCACCAUUCAUUCUAUCAUCGACAUCGUUGACCGAAUUCUCUUCAUACUGGGCAGAACAUCCUAAUAUCUUCGUCGCACCUGCUGCAGAGGAUGAUCCCCAGAAACGAGCACUUUUGGUAUUGAAAUGGUUCUUGAGCACAUUGAAGCAGCAAUAUGCGAGUCGAAGUGAUAAAUAUGGAAAUGAGAAGAAGCCCUUGAACCCUUUCUUGGGAGAGUUAUUCCUUGGAAAGUGGGAAGAUGCCUGCGGAACAACUGAGCUUGUUUCUGAGCAGGUCAGUCAUCAUCCGCCUGUCACCGCAUACCAAAUUUCCAACAAGAAACAUGGCGUAUAUCUACAAGGAUACAAUGCUCAAAAAGCAUCAUUCUCUCGAACCAUCAACGUCAAACAAAUCGGACAUGCUGUUUUCAGUAUUCCUGCUUACGACGAAACCUACCUCAUCACUCUUCCAAACCUCCACAUCGAAGGUUUAAUUUUCGGUUCACCAUUCGUCGAACUCGAAGCCAAAUCAUACAUUACAAGCAGCUCAGGUUUCACAGCCAAGAUCGACUAUAGCGGCAAAGGAUGGUUAUCUGGCAAGAAGAAUAGUUUCACCGCUACAUUAUACCCCACUGGCAAGGAAAAGGAUACUAUAUAUACCGUCACUGGGCAAUGGACCAAACAAUUCGAGAUCCGAGAAGGUGGAAAGAAGAGUGGAGGCUUGGUGGAUACAUAUGAUGCGGAUGCGACACCUACCACCCCCCUCAUGGUUGCACCAAUCGAGGAACAAGAUCCAUUAGAGUCGCGGCGCGCAUGGUCUAAGGUCGCAGCUGGUAUCGCAGUCGGUGACAUGGAUACAACCGGUAAUGAGAAGACCAAAAUCGAAGUUUUUCAACGAGAACUUAGAUUAAAGGAAAAGAGUGAGGCAAGAAUUUGGGAGAGGAGAUAUUUCACCAAAUUGGAAAGUUGUCCUAUCUUGCAAAAAUUGGCUCCUUGUAUCCAAUUAUCACCAGAUGAGGAUAAAACUGGUGGAAUUUGGAGAUUCGAUGACUCCAAGGCUGCUAGAUACAUCAGAUCGGAGCAAACGCUACAACCUCAACAAGUAAAUGUGCAAGUCCCGAUUGUUUGA